AUGGAUUCUGUGUUUGUGAAAUGUUGGGAUGAACAGUGUAAUUCAGUUUCAGUACAAUCUCUGAAACGCAUAGUACAACAACAGCUGACAUUGAGUGUUGUCCAUUGUCUGAGGCUCGAUGUCCUUUUUAAAUGGUUUGAUAAGGAAAAUGACUUUAUACUGCUUAACAGAUUCUUGUUUUGUAUUAAAGCGAUGGAUUUGCCUCUCUGGGAUCCAUGCGACGAUGAAGAUCACCUCACAGCAGGGCAGACGGGCUCUGACAUUGAAGAUAACCAGAACUGCUACUUUUCUUUUGGUUUUGAGCGUGAUGUGAUUGAAGACGAUAUCUUGAAUGAGAAAGCUUGCAUACAAGUCCUUCAAAUAUGGGUCGACAAAGCAGAUGACGAAAUCAAGAAACUCAAAGACGAUAUAACAAUGCUUCAAUGUCAACUGUUGUGGGAUGACGAGGAGUGGUCUAGAAAAUGCUCUUCUGUUUUGAGAGAAAAAAUCGAUUUUCUCAAUAUUUUGAUACAGAUCUUAAAGAAGGAAAUCGCAGAGGACUCCCCUCUACAGCCGAUUCAAAUACUACAACCUGAGAACCUAGCUGAGAGACUGUAUGUUCUGGUGAAGCCUCUGCUGGACAAUCACCUCUUGGGAAAAAGCAUGAAGAAGCCUUUUCUUUUACAAGAACAGACUGAACGUAGCACAGCGUGUGUGCCCAUCCUACCAGACGAUGGAAUCGGUGGGAAGAAAUUGGAAUCAAGCAAUUCAGGACAUGAAGUCACAGCGGAAAAAAUGAAAUGCGUUAGUCCACUUAAAACAUACGAGAGGAAGAAUACUGCCAUGGCACUUGGAGAGAGGAAAUCAAAUACCACCCCACAGGAGCCGCAUGCCUUGACUAGCAAGUUAACUGCAACUAGUCAAAUAUGUGAGAGUGACAAGUUGCAUGGAGUACCAGGGAAUCAAAUGCCAUGUUCUGCUGCAGUUAAGUUGGGGGGAAGUUCCAUUAUUAAGGAAGUGGUAAAAUCUUUAACUGCAAGUAGAAUUGCAAGUGCAAAAGAGAGGGGGAAGGGGAAGGACACCGGCGAGGUGGUUGUUUCCAAAGCAAAGCCCGCCCAACAGAAGGUUGAACGUGAAGGCACAGAGGCUAGUUCACAUUUGGGGUCAACCGAACCAGAAGCUGAGGUUGCUGUUACUGUUACAGCACUCGUUGAAACCCUGGAAUCCUUGGAUUUGGAAAAUACAACUCAAGCCUCAGUUAAGAUACGGGAAGCAAGUGCAUAUGAGUCGAAGGGAAGUUCCAUUAAGCAAGAGAUAUGGUUUAUGAAUCUUUUCUGCUCCUGCCUCUCUCACCAGCCACCUGAACCCGAGGUAAAAUCUAUAACUGCAAGUGCUUCUGCCGGAAAAGUUUGUUCAAAAGAGAAGGGGAAAGGGAAGGCCACCAGCAAGUUGGUUGUUUCCAAAGCAAAGCCCUCCCGGCAGAAGCUUGAACGUGAAAGCACAGAGUCUAGUUCACCUUGGGAGUCAACUGAAAGCGAAGGAGAGGAAGUCUUUGAAAGACUACUGAAAUCUUGGGAUGUGGAGAAUACAACUCGAGCUUCAGUUAAGACACGGAAAGCAAGGGCAUAUAAGUUUGCAGAUCACAAGCCAUCGGCGAAACUAAGAAGAAAGAGUACAAAAACAAAACUUUCAGAAACAACAGAUUCAGAUGAGGCUCUGGACACUUCGAAAGCUAAGACAAGAAGCCGACAACCACAAAGGAAACGUAAGGCGGCUCAAAAAGUUGAAUCAUCAUCCACAGAAAUUUCAGAGGGAAAGGAAAACUUUGGACUUCAUCAGAAGAGAAGCAAGAACAGAACUCAACAAACCAAGAUAAGUGGUGCAUCGAAAAUCGAUGUUGAUUCGAGUUCGACUCCCUCACCUGAAAAGAAAAGGAAAAGCCCCUCGCCCGAAUAGGGAAAAAAAAAACUCGCCUGAAAGGAGAAGGAAAACCAUCUAACAGUUCACAAAUGCAAAUGAAAAGAAAAGGAUUUUGUGUACAAAUACAAUAUGCACUGAGUUUGUACAUUUUUUUUUUUUUACUGAAUACAAUGCAGCUAAAGGAAAUAGUGGUUAGAGACUGACCAGACAUGAUUUUCUGCUUAUAUUAGGCAGCUUAAAGUCUCAGCUGUAUACAUGUUUUCACAUCUGAUUGUACUGACCGACUGCAUGAACGAAUUCUGAGGACAAUUCUUUCA